AUGAUUUCUUUUUCUAGGAGUGAAUAUGAACGAGUAAUUUACGAGCGUGUAAAGGAAAUUCCCUUCCAACUGUGUCCUCUGGAGGGUAAUGAGUUCUCUGUGCUAGUUUGUGAUCCACAGAAUGCCUCUGGUUUGACAUUACAGAUUGUCCAUGAGCGGUUUCAUCAUGCCUCUUUGGGCUUAGGUGAGUUACUAGGGCACUACAUUAGUGGGGAAAAGCCUACAGGCGUGCUGGAAAUAGAGGAGAUUCUGCCUGUGGGCACCAUACUAACUGGAGUAGGAAAACUGACACUGAAUAAUAAAGGGGAAAUGACAUUAGAGGCUCCUGAAGAUGGAUGUACAUACUUUUUAACCCUUUCUGGAUAUGAAGACCUACUGCAUCAACAAGAGUCCAUAGCUCAUUUUUGGAGGGGUGCAGCCUUGUUCUUUGGAGCUUUGGGGACUGUUGUGGUAUGUAUUGCCAUGUAUCGAGCCUAUCAGAGAUAUAAGGAGAAACACAAAAGACAAGACCGCUUGGAUGAGCAGCAGAUUCAGCCUCCGGACUUUGAUGAGGAGCCAGUGGAUUCUGAAAGAUUAUGUGUGAUCUGCAUUUCGAGAACACGAGAAUGUGUGAUCUUGCCUUGUGGGCAUGUAUGUUGCUGCUUUCUGUGUUACCAGGCUCUUCCUAACAAAAUGUGUCCUAUGUGCAGAUGUAACAUAGAAAGAGUCGUUCCUCUUUUUCAGAUAUAA